UCCUGCGGUCCAUACCUAACGGAAGCGUUUCCGCGGUUCUGCGUCCAUGGCGUCCCAGGGGUCCGUGACGGCGGCCUUGCGGGUGGCCGAGGUGCUGGAAGACAUCGCGAACCGCUGCGUGGGGCCCGAGGGCGGCCAGGUGUUGUGUACGAAGGCCACCGGCGAGGUGCUGCUUAGCAGGGAUGGAGGCUGCCUCCUGGAGGCGCUGCACUUAGAGCAUCCCUUAGCCAGGAUGAUAGUGGCGUGUGUUUCCAGUCACCUUAAAAAAUCAGGAGAUGGUGCUAAAACGUUUAUUAUUUUUCUUUGCCAUUUACUCAGAGGACUUCAUGCAAUCGGAGAAAAAGAAAAAGAUUCAUUCUCUUCUGAAAGUAUUCAGAGCCAUGAAAGGCAUUGGAAAAACUGUGGUCAGUGGAAAUCUAUUUCCCAGGCUCUGCUAACAUUUCAGACACAAACACUAGGUUGUAUUGUAGACCAAAACUUAAGCAGGCACUACCUGUCUGUCUUUUCUUCAUCUGCUGAAGGAAAAACACUGUGUAGGCGCUCUCUGGAGUUGCUCCUGGAAGCAUACUUUUGUGGAAGAGUGGGAAGAAACAAUCACAGAUUCAUUUCACAGUUGAUGUGUGACUACGUUUUCAAGUGUAUGGCUUGUGAAAGUGGGGUUGAGGUAUUUGAGUUGUUGGACAACUGUUUUGUAGAGUUGAGUGUUGGCGUGACAGGCCUGCCUGUUUCAGAUUCUAGAAUUGUGGAUGGCCUUGUGCUUCCCAGAGACUUUUCUGUGUACUGCCCAGCAGAUGGUGACAUUAGGAUGGUGAUAGUAACAGAAAUCCUCCAGCCUCUGUUUUCAUCGUCUGGCUCGGAGUUUGUUCUCAGUUCAGAAACCCAGUUUCAGGCAUCUCAGCGCUGGAUCAUGGACAGGACAAAAACAGUCAUGAACUACUUGCGUAGUCAGAAUGUCAAACUGCUCCUGUCCAGCGUAAAGCAACCCGACCUUGUUACUUACUGUGCAAGACUAAAUAGCAUAUCAGUUGUAGAGUGCUUAUCAUCUGAAGAGAUUUCCCUGGUCCACAGGAUCACUGGUCUUUCUCCUUGUGUCCUACCAGAAGUCGCUUCACAGUGUGAAAUGUCUGACAGUACUUUGGUGAAGUUUUGUAAACCCCUCAUCCUUAGAUCCAAGAGGUAUGCUCAUCUUGGCUUGAUCAGCACAUGCUCAUUUAUACCUCACUGCGUGGUCCUUUGUGGACCGGUUCUGGGCCUUGUUCAACAGCAUGAGAGAGCUUUUCAUGGAGCCUUUAAGAUGCUUCGGCAGCUGUUUACAGACCUUGAUCUAAAUUACAUCAUACAAACCAAAGAGCAGUGUGACUCAAGUCUUCUUGCUUAUGACAAUAGCAGAGAGAGUAAUCACUCGCCAGAAACUGAUAAGCAUCAGGACAUAGUAGCAAAGAACAAAAAUAUAUUGGAAACUCAAACACAUCUAGAGGUAUAUUCAAGUUUGGGGGCUUCAGAUAUAAACUUGAUAAGAGGUGAGCUGAGGUCAGCACACAGGGAACCAGCAAUAGAGCCAUGCCAAACAGAUGAAGUACUGAAGUGCUUGUCUCCAGAAGACAGCAGGAUGUUAACUGAGAGUGAUUCCACUGGAAACCCUACAGCAAACGACACUAGAGCAGAAAUUUCUUUCAAACAUUUACUGGUCACAGAUAAUCCUGGAAAGGGGUCCACGUCACCAGUGAUACCCAAGUCACUCCACACCUGCACUUCCCAGGGUCAUUGGUCGUCAGCUGUGCCAGCAGGCAGUGUUCUGCCAGUGGGUGGGACUUUUGAGAUUUUGAUGCAUUACUACCUUCUCAGAUAUGCCCAACAAUGCCAACAGUCAGAUGAAACUGUCAUCAGCACGUUAAUAGCUAAUGCUCUUUUAGGCAUCCCUAAAAUCCUUUGUAAGCCUAAGAAGGGAAAGGACAGUUUCCCUCACAUACACAUUCGGCCUCUCCACGCACCUCAAGCCAGUCAACCAAUGGUAAGUGAUCAGUCAGGCUUUGAGUCAGUAGCUGGUAAGUACCAAUUACUAACUUCAGUUCUUCAGUGUUUGAUGAAAAUAUUAACCAUUGAUUUAAUAAUCAAUGUCAAGAGACAGCCUCAGAAAACUGGUGACCAAGAAUCAGAUGAUGAACUCUAACACCCAGUUUUUUUGUUGUUUUAAGAUUUAUUAUAAAUAAGUACACUAUAGCUGUCCUCAGAUACCCCAGAAGAGGGCACCAGAUCUCAUUAUGGAUGGUUGUGAGCCACCAUGUGGUUGCUGGGAUUUGAACUCAGGACCUUCGGAAGAACAGUCAGUGCUCUUAACUGCUGAGCCAUCAGUUUUUUUGUUGCUCAAACUUUCAGUCUGGGGGCAGGGUGAUGGCUCGGUGGGCAACAGCAUUUAAUGCCAAACCUGACUACCUGUGGUCCACACCCAAGG